AUGGAUUCCCCAUGUUUUUUACACUGUAAUGCUGUUACUGCCGCAAAUAGUAGAUACCCACAAAAUUAUGGUAUAAGGCCUUUUAAAUUUCUUAACCAAAAAUCAACAAUCUCUUCAACCCAUAGAAACACUGGAUUUUUCCCUGUAGUUGGGGGGCCUCCUAGAAUGAUUGUCUCUGCUGUUUCAUCUGUUGACACCAGGGAAGAAGAAGCAAAGAAAGAAAAGAAAAAGAAAAAGCAGUCAAAAGAAUCGGAUGGUAAGAAGGUGAAGCUUAAAGUUAUGCUAGAUCACCAAGUUGAAUAUGGAGAGCAUGUCGCAAUUUUGGGGUCUGCAAAAGAGCUGGGGUCAUGGAAGAAGGAAGUGAUGAUGAAUUGGACAGAAAACGGAUGGGUUUGUGAUUUAGAACUGAAAACCAACAAAGAGCUUAUCGAGUAUAAAUUUGUGAUAGUAGGGAAGGGCAAGAAGAACUUAAUAUGGGAAAGUGGUGAUAAUCGCAUUUUGAAGUUACCUCAGGGGGGCAGUUUUAAUAUGGUUUGUAAGUGGAACGCGACUAAUGAGCCCGUGGAAAUAUUGCCUUGGGAAGAGCAAGUGGAAUCAGAAGAAAGUGAAAAUGGGAACGUUACUUCAGCAUCAAACGAGGCAGUAACAACGAGUGCUUUCGUGGGGCAAUGGCAAGGGAACGAUGUUUCAUUUGUUCGCUCGAAGGAUCAGCUGGAUGCACAAAAAAAAAGUAGUUGGGUUACUUUAGGUCUUGAAGGGCUUGCUCUGAAGUUAGUGGAAGGUGAUCAGAGUGCUCGGAACUGGUGGCGUAAGCUUGAGGUUGUGCGGGAGCUACUGCUUGAAAGUGUUGAGAGUGAAAACCGAUUGGAGGCUCUUACAUAUUCAGCUAUAUAUCUGAAGUGGAUUAACACAGGGCAAAUUCCUUGCUUUGAAGAUGGGGGGCAUCAUCGACCAAAUAGACACGCUGAGAUUUCCAGGCAAAUAUUUCGUGAAUUGGAACGAAUUUCCAGCAGACAAGAUGCUUCACCUCAGGAAACACUUGUCAUCCGUAAGAUUCAUCCUUGUUUGCCGUCGUUUAAGGCAGAAUUCACUGCAUCUGUUCCUCUAACGCGAAUAAGGGAUAUUGCUCAUAGGAAUGAUAUCCCUCAUGAUCUUAAGCAAGAAAUCAAGCAUACAAUACAAAACAAGCUUCAUCGAAAUGCUGGCCCUGAAGACUUGGUUGCCACAGAAUCAAUGCUUGCCAGAAUCACCAAGAAUCCCGGAGAAUAUAGUGAAGCAUUUGUUGAACAAUUCAAGAUCUUUCAUCAAGAACUUAAAGAUUUCUUCAAUGCUGGAAGUCUUGAAGAACAGCUGGAGUCGAUAAGAGAAUCUCUGAAUGAUAGCUCAUCAGCCCUUUCCUUGUUUUUGAAGUCGAAAAGGGCACUAGAUAAUAUGGAUGGAUCAAAUUACAAUUCGAGUGAAGGGUUGGGAGUGUUGAUGGAGACGGUAAAAGCUUUGGAUGGUCUUCGCAAAGAAAUUGUGAAAGGUCUUGAGAGUGGACUUCGAAAUGAUGCUCCCGAUGCUGCAAUAGCAAUGCGCCAAAAGUGGCGUCUUUGUGAGAUUGGGCUUGAGGACUACGCAUUUAUUCUCUUAAGCAGGUUUCUUAAUGCACUUGAAGCUGUUGGAGGAACUUCUUGGCUUACGGAAAAUGUAGAGCGAAAAAAUGUCUUCUCUUGGAGUAAUCCAAUUGGAGCUCUUGUCAUUGGCAUCCAUCAGGUGGUCCUAUCAGGCUGGAACCUGGAAGAAUGUAGAGCAAUCGGGAAUGAGCUUCUGGCUUGGCAAGAGAGAGGCCUUCUGGAAACUGAAGGUAGUGAAGAUGGUAAGAUAAUAUGGGGUUUAAGGCUUAAAGCUACGCUGGAUAGAGCCAAGAGACUCACUGAAGAGUAUUCUGAGACACUUCUUCAAAUAUUCCCUCAAAACGUUCAGUUAUUGGGAAAAGCUUUUGGGAUCCCAGAAAACAGUGUGAGGACAUAUGCCGAAGCUGAAAUUCGUGCUGGUGUAAUUUUUCAGGUGUCCAAACUUUGUACACUUCUUUCGAAGGCUGUAAGAAAUACUCUAGGGUCUCAGGGUUGGGACGUUCUUGUUCCAGGAGAUGCUUUUGGAACCCUGAUCCAGGUAGAAAACAUUGUUCCAGGAUCAGUUCCUUCAUCUGUAACAGGACCAGUCAUUCUUGUGGUGAAUAAAGCCGAUGGAGAUGAAGAGGUAACAGCUGCUGGGGCCAACAUAACUGGAGUUAUACUUCUGCAGGAGUUGCCUCAUUUAUCGCAUCUUGGUGUUAGGGCUCGGCAAGAGAAAGUAGUAUUUGUGACCUGUGAAGACGAUGAUAAAUCCGCUGAUAUAAAAAAUAUGAGCGGGAAAUCAGUGAGGAUUGAAGCAUCAUCUGCUGGUGUCAACUUGACUCCAGCUUUGACAGAGCAUGGCAACGGUAAUAUUCCACAGGAAAAACAAUUGACUACUGUUUCAUCAACGAUUGGAAACUCUAUCAAAAAUAAUUCUUCAUCACUCGCUGUUGAAACUUCUAAAUCAAAUCGGAUCAUAUCUAGUGGAGGUGUUGUACUUCUUGGAGAUGCUGAUCUACGAAGUUCUGGUGCAAAAGCUGCUGCUUGUGGUCGCCUAGCUUCUUUGGCCUCAGCAUCUAGUAAAGUUUACAAUGACCAGGGGGUUCCAGCGUCGUUUAAAGUGCCGGCUGGAGCAGUAAUACCUUUUGGAUCUAUGGAGAUGGCUUUGGAACGAAGCGGGUCAAUGGAAACAUUCAAAUCUUUGGUUGGACAUAUCGAAACAGCUAAAAUCGAUGGAGAACUCGAUAAACUCUGUAAUGACCUACAGGAGCUGAUUUCUUCGUUGCAACCUUCGAAAGAAAUCUUUGAAAGCUUAGGAAGAAUUUUCCAGGACAGUGCACGUUUAAUAGUCCGCUCUAGUGCAAACGUCGAGGACUUGGCUGGAAUGUCGGCUGCUGGGCUUUAUGAAUCAAUUCCGAAUGUCAGUCUUUCAAAUCCGAUAGCGUUUGGACAGGCUGUUGGACGUGUUUGGGCUUCCCUAUACACACGGAGAGCAGUUUCAAGCCGUAGAGCUGCUGGUGUGCCUCAGGAGGCGGCUGUGAUGGCUGUUCUGGUGCAAGAAAUGCUUUCGCCGGAUCUGUCCUUUGUUCUACACACGUUAAGCCCUACGGACAAGAAUGAUAAUUUGGUCGAGGCUGAAGUUGCUCCUGGACUUGGUGAAACUCUCGCUUCGGGCACAAGGGGCACUCCGUGGCGUCUUGCGAUCGAUAAAUUUGACGGGUCGGUGCGUACUUUGGCGUUCGCUAACUUCAGCGAGGAAUUAGUGGUGAGUGGCAGUGGUCCUGCAGAUGGAGAAGUGCUUCACUUAACAGUAGACUACAGCAACAAACCGUUAACAGUCGACCCCAUAUUCCGGCGGCAGCUGGGCACGCGUCUGGGAGUGGUUGGUUUCUUCCUCGAACGUGAGUUCGAGUGUCCUCAGGAUGUUGAAGGAUGUUUAGUUGGCAACGACAUCUUCAUUGUCCAGACGCGGCCACAACCACUGUAG